AAUCCGCAAGCACAGCUAAUGUGACACCCUCCUCCCUCCCUCUCUUCAAAUCUCAACCCGAGACCAAACACAAGUCAGUUUCCAUGAAGUAAACACAGCCAGACGUGCACAUACAGCGUGUAGUGAGACAGUCAGACAAAAAAAGAGAGAGAGAGAGAGACAGAUUCAACAAGACAGAAAGCAGCAAAACAUGAAAGCCCACGGUGUCCUCUCUUGCCCUCCGCUACUCCAAGCAGCCUGUAUCGUUUUCUGGGGUGUUUCUGUUGUAAACGGAGGAUUCUGCGAGGUGAACCUUUGUAUGAACGGAGGGACGUGCGUGACUGAGGUGGGCGAUGCACCCUUCGUCUGUAUCUGCGCCGAGGGCUUCACUGGAGACAAAUGCAACACCACCGAGACUGGUCCAUGCCAACCGAACCCAUGCCACAACAACGCAGCCUGCGAGGUGACCAGCAAGACCCGGCGCGGGGACGUCUUCAGCGAGUACAUCUGCAAGUGUCCUGAGGGCUACAACGGGGUGCACUGCCAGAACAGAGGAUUCUGCGAGGUCAACCAUUGUAUGAACGGAGGGACGUGCGUGACUGAGGUGGGCGAUGCACCCUUCGUCUGUAUCUGCGCCGAGGGCUUCACUGGAGACAAAUGCAACACCACCGAGACUGGUCCAUGCCAACCAAACCCAUGCCACAACAACGCGGCCUGCGAGGUGACCAGCAAGACCCGGCGUGGGGAAGUCUUCAGCGAGUACAUCUGCAAGUGUCCUGAGGGCUACAACGGGGUGCACUGCCAGAACAAUGUGAACGAGUGUGCCACACAGCCCUGUAAGAAUGGGGGUACAUGCCGGGACCUGGACGGGGACUAUACUUGCAAGUGCCCCUCCCCCUUCUUGGGGAUGCACUGCCAAAUGCGCUGUAUUUCCAUGCUGGGGAUGGAGGGUGGCGGGAUUGCAGAUUCCCAGGUCAAGGCUUCCUCGGUGCACUAUGGCUUCCUGGGGCUACAGUACUGGGGUCCCGAGCUGGCCCGGCUCAACAACAAAGGCAUCGUCAACGCCUGGACCUCCGCCAGCCACGACAAGAGCCCCUGGAUAGAGGUGAACUUGCAGCGGAAGAUGCGUGUCUCUGGGAUCAUCACGCAGGGCGCCAGCCGCAUGGGCACAGCCGAGUUCGUCAAGUCCUUCAAGGUGGCAUCGAGCUUCGACGGGAAGACUUUCACCAUCUACCGGGGCGCGGGCCUGAGGAGAGACAUGGUGUUUGUGGGGAACAUGGAUAAUGACGGCAUGAAGACCAACCUGUUUGAGCCCCCCAUCGUGGCGCAGUACAUCCGCAUCAUCCCCGUGGUGUGUCGCCAGGCCUGCACCCUCCGCUUCGAGCUCGUGGGCUGCGAGAUCAACGUGUAUUUAAACACGGCAGGUUGCUCUGAGCCCUUGGGAAUGAAAUCCCGCAUGAUCUCCGACGGCCAGGUUUCUGCCUCCAGCACCUUCCGCACCUGGAACAUGGAUGCCUUCACCUGGCACCCGCACUUCGCUCGGCUCGACAAGCAGGGCAAGACCAACGCCUGGACCGCGCUGCACAAUGACCGCUCUGAGUGGCUGCAGGUUGACCUUGAGACCCCUACACAAGUGACGGGUAUCAUCACCCAGGGAGCUAAGGACUUUGGGAAUGUCCAGUACGUGUCAGAGUUCAAAGUGGCCUACAGUGAUGAUGGAAAGUCCUGGACGGUGCUCAAGGACAAGAGCAGAUCUGACAAGGUGUUCCAAGGCAACAUCGACAACAACGCCCACAAGAGGAACAUCUUUGAGCCGCCUUUCUUCGCCCGCUUUGUAAGGGUCAUCCCCUGGACCUGGCACGAGCGCAUCACCCUGCGCAUGGAGCUGCUGGGCUGUGACGAGUAGAGUCCGUUCUCCUGCCCCGCCCAGCGCCAAGCUCUGCCCUGCCCUGCCAGACCUGCCUGCUAGACUCUAAUGCCACCCACCACCUGCCUAACCUUUCCCUCGCUUAGUACCCUCCUUGUUUUUAGAUUGGGUCUGAAAACCUAAAUGCACGACCUUUUAACCCGUAUCCUCUGUAGAAACUGCUGUAGCAAAAAGGAUUCCACCCCAGAGAGAUGCUGUAACCCAAUGCAACUCAUGAGCUCCCACAUAUCUGCUUGUGUUUUGCACUCUGUUGUGAAGGGUGAGAUUCCAAAAGGCCACUGUUCGUAUUGGAGCCAGAUCGGUUUGCAUUGUGUUGUGCAUGAGCAAGAAUUUUAAAAGCCGCUACUCAGCAGGAUCAGAGGGGGAUAAGGGGUAAAGGGUUAAAAUGCGAUGACGUGUUUAUAUAUUAAAGAAAAAGAUGAAAAGAAACUCAGUGGCGCUUCACUGCAAACGGAUUCCAUGCAGGGAGAGCCCAGACUGAAAUCAACAACAAAGCUUUUCCAAUCCCAGGAGAAAAGAAAACAAAACUUUAAAGUUGUAAUGUCUUGGUUAGUAAUUCUCUAAUAGCGGGGGACAGUGAGGGCUGAAUUCAGAGAAACCUGCAGAUUACCUUCUGCGUACCUAUAUUUUAUAUAUAAAAAGAGGUUAUAUAUAGGUUUUAUGUGCUUUUGCAAAUAGUAAAAUUGACGACAGAGAAUGGAACUGCAGUGAUUCUGUGAUAUUUUUUUUUUUUCCCCUGGGAUUGGUUGCUGAUUUGUCAGUGAGAAGUUUUGUGCCUGUGAAGCUGCAUUGUGUAAUUUUUGGUGUCUGAAUGGAGGUCAGGCAUGUAUUGAUGCUGAUGAUGUGUGUGUUGGUAACGCUGGUCCGAUUUCAUUUUAACAUUACUGGGUUGAUUAAAAAUAAUCGCUGGCCCGCCUCCCUCUGCCUGCAGUGCCUCACUCAGUCCCACCCCAACUCCAUAAUCAACUUGUGACCCAAGGCCCCCUCUCCACAGCCAGCCAGCGAUCCCGAGCUGUGCGUAAGUGAAUCAUUUCAACUUGAAACACUUUGAAAACAUCACUCAGCGGGGUGGUGGUAGCUGUCCCUCAACCCUCGGGUGAAGAGAGAUUGCAGUUUUAUGUUGAACAAUUGCAUUGAUGUGAAUUAAAGAAUUAAAAAUCCUCACUCUGAACUCCUCAAAUGAUCUCUGUGGCUGUGCUGCUUCAAUUUUAAAAUGAGUAAAUCAAUGAAAUCAACAGGUUUCUAAAUCUGCAGUAAUGUGUGAGGGUGCAUGGUACGUGGAGGUGUAGAGGCGUGCAGGUUAGGAAAGGUGGCAGACUCUUAUAAUGAGAAGCACAGGGGUACAGAUUGGGGAAGGACCUGGGAAUCUGUUACUGAAUAGAGAGAGUUGGGGCUCUGUUACAGUGAGGUACAGUAGACAGUUGGGGGCUUAAUUUAUAACAAGGUAUAGAAGGAAAUUAAAGUACAAAUAUUUCACUUCUAGAGGUGUACAGAUUUGCAGUAUCUCAAGAAAGGGAUUACAGUGGGAGUGUAAGAUGGCAGUAUGUUGUAUUGUAGAGAUCUGAGAAACGGUCUCAAGCUUUAUGUUAAACAACAAUCUUAAUAUCCUAGUGUUCUGCGUUUAGUAAAAACCUGCUUCUUUUCCUCUGAGCAUAGCCAUUUCACAGCCAGUGUUCCUGCUUUUGUUUCUAUGUGAAAUAAACACAGUUGUGUUUUUUUAUUUCA